UUGACCCAUGGACGCAACCUUCACUCCUAAGUAAAGUGAUCUGAUGAUAUUCUCAUCAGAGAAACACAGAGGAAAAAAGAAGAAAGAAAUGGGUCGCUUCAUUAUUCUCACCCUUUUCCUUCUAGCAAAAUUUUCAGCUUUUCAGGCACACGCAGGAAACGAAGUUCGUGAUCCGAUCCUCAAACCCUCGUCGCCAUUUUCGUUGGCUCUUGAAACCCUGCAGAAACAAAUCGGCUAUACUUUUCAGAGCAUUGGUCUUCUUCGCCGGGCAAUGACUCACUCCUCAUUCUCCGAAGAAAACAACAAAGCAUUAAGCAUUCUGGGUGCCAGCACUAUUGAAACUUCGGUUUCUCUCCAAUAUCUAAAGAAAGACAUUGAAGCUUCUGCAAAAGAUUUGAACCGCCGCAUUUCAGAGAUUUCCCAAGUGGAAUCCUCUUGUGCUGUUGAUGCAAUGCGGUUGGGGUUGCAGAAGGUGAUCAGAGUUUCCCCCAAGACCAAUGCUUCAACCCCUGCAGUGGUUUGUGGUGCUUUUAGAGCAAUCUUUGGUGCCAUCGCAAUGGAUACCGGGAAAUCGGAUGAUGCAGGAAAGGUUUUCUGGAGUGUCCAUGGUAGUGAGGUUGGAGGAGCUGCUGCACUGUAAGUCAGUAGUUUAGUUUAUCUAGCAUUAGAUGACCUGUGCUUUAGACUCACUUCUAGCUGCAGGAACUGUCUGUUUAUUGCUUAUGUUAUUCUAUAGUAAAUACCUCUAUAUAUUGCCUAUGGUUAUUCUAAAACAAACCGAUCCUUGGGAACAUGUCUCUGUGAGACUGCAUCAAGUCUUUGUAGUGCUAUGUUUGGGGAAUAUUGUAAUGGAAGUCUGUUGAUUUGGUUUGUA